GAGAACCAUAGCCUGAAGCCAUAAUUUGCUAUAUAUAAUAGUACAAGGAGAUCCACCACAAACAUUUACUAAUCACCAUGGGAAACCAACCACAGACCACUGCUAGCAGGAACCGGAGAAUAAUAUUGUUUCCGUUUCCAUUUCAAGGUCACAUAAAUCCAAUGCUUCAGCUUGCAAGUCUACUAUACUAUAGAGGCUUUAGUAUUACCAUCCUCCACACCAACUUUAAUGCGCCCAAAAUCUCUAACUAUCCUCACUUCACUUUUAUAUCCAUCCUCGACAACCAUCCUGAAGACGAACGCUUUUCCAAGUCAUUGUUGCUCGAUUUUGCUCCAGAUUUCAUCUUCAAACAAGAUGGUGCUGAUGCACUACGUGAUGAACUGGAAUUGUUGUUAGCUUCAGGAAAAGACGAGCCAGUGUCGUGUUUGAUCACCGAUGCGUUUUGGCACUUCACCCAAUCAGUGGCCGAUAGCCUUAAUCUCCCAAGGCUUGUUUUGAGGACAUCUAGCUUGUAUAGUACUAUUAUAUAUUCUUCAAUACCCCUUCUUGAUGAUUGUGGUUACUUCACACUUGAUGACAACCAUUUGGAAGAACAAGUGGUCAAGUUUCCUUUACUAAAAGUGAAAGACAUCUUGAAGAUUGGUAUAAGGAGCAAUAAGGACCCCUACGCGGAGUUGAUAGGUGACAUGGUUAAACAAACAAAAGCAUCAUCGGGAAUCAUCUGGAACUCCUUCAAAGAACUUGAAGAAACUGAGCUCGAAAGGGUUCAACAUGACUUUCCCAUACUAAAUUUCCUAAUACCACUCCCCAAGUAUCUUACAACUUCGUCGAGUAGCUUACUAGAUCAAGAUCGAACCUUUUUUCCUUGGUUAGACCAACAACCGCCCAAUUCUGUAUUGUAUGUUAGUUUUGGUAGCAUUAGUAAAGUGGAUGAAAAAGAGUUCGUGGAAAUAGCUCAUGGGUUGGUCCAUAGCAAGCAAGCUUUUCUAUGGGUUGUCCGACCAGGGUUUGUCAAGGGUUCAACAUCGCUUGAAUUGUUGCCAAAUGGGUUCCCGGGUGAAAGUGGACGAGUUGUGGAAUGGGCUCCUCAACAAGAAGUGCUAGCUCAUGAAGUGACAGGUGCGUUUUGGACACAUAGUGGAUGGAACUCAACAUUGGAAAGUGUUUGUGAAGGUGUUGCUAUGAUUUGUUCGCCUUUUAGGGGUGAUCAACCGCUAGAUGCACGAUAUAUGAGCGGUCUUUUAAGGGUGGGGGUGUAUAUAGAGAAUGGGUUCCAAAGAGAAGAGAUAUCAAAUGCGAUAAGAAGAGUAAUGGUGGAUGAAGAAGGAAAAGAGAUUAGAGAGAGGGCGAGAGUUUUGAAACAAAAGGGAGAUGUUUCUUUGAUGAAAGAAUACUAUGGAUGUUCGUGCAAAUACAAUUGCGAACUGCUUUCGUCAUUGUAAACUUCGAUCAACAGAUAACAUAACAUGACUUUUGAGAACUCAGAUGAAGGUGGUGAAAGCACUCAAGAACUCCAGAAUUUGAUCAAAGAGUUGGGUUAUCGCAAUGCAAUGGAUGUCGAAGAUGUUCUGACUCACCCAGAAGAAAAUGUAGUUGCACAGUUGUUGACUGAUGAAGAAAUUAUUGAAAGCGUUAUUGGAAUUAAUAAAGAUGAUAUCGAUGAAGAAGAUGAUGAAAGUUCUACAAUGGAGCCCCCUUCGCGAAACGAAGCUAUUAAAGUGGCAAUCACAUUGAACAAUUUCUUGUU